GUAAGUUCACCUCUUGGCAAUCCACGAAUCCACGGAACAGUACUACGAAGUUAUGUAAGCUACCUGUCUUACCUAGCACUUAAAUAGACACCUUUCCCACAAGAGAUGCUUGGCAGCCAUGCUUGAACAUCAUGACAGAAACUCAUCUACCGGUCAGAAGUCAAGAUCAGGUUCAUUGAUACCUCACAAUCAUCAACUGUUCGGGCGGGGCUACCAUCAGCGUCUUUUCCCCAAACGGCGGCGCGCCUCGAUACCCAUUCGCGUGCAAGUCCCGAAGCAGUAAAUCUUUUCCACAUUACCCGGAAUCAGGGAGAGCCCGCUCGCCAAUGGAAAUUCCAUCUGAAAUUAACAACCAAUCUUUUCUGACACUGAAAGUGCGCUAGCUGCUUCCAUCAGGUAUGAGGGAGACGGCAGUGGUGUACCAAGAGGUCGGCCGUCAUCAUGGAUAAGAUCACGACUAUCGCCGACCCUUAGGUACCGCUCCCCGUUUCCGCUUCAAAUCCAAGGAUAUCAUCUAAUUGGUAAACCAGGUAAUAGUUAUGCCAAACAUGCAGUUGAACGCCUUCAUCGCUGCCCUAGGGCUAUUCGCGCCCGCGAGCGCGCUGCUUCGAUUUGGCUGCUCAGGCUUGACGGUGCAGCGUCUGGACCCCUUGGUCAAUCCAGGAAUGAACCCAUCGGCCCAUCUUCAUCAGAUCAUUGGAGGCAAUUCAUUCAACGCGUCGAUGCCCGCGGAGUCGCAUGAUCUUGCAAAGCUUUCCACUUGCACGAGUUGUCAGUUCACAGAAGACUUCUCCAACUAUUGGACUGCUGUCAUAUUCUACCGUUCCAAGAAUGGCACGUUCAAAAGGGUCCCGCAGAUGGCCCAGGCUGGUAUGGAGGGGACACAAGGUGGCAUGGUCGUUUACUACAUGUCAGACGCUCUCUUCGACACCGCGCAAAAGUCCACCGUCACAGCCUUCAAGCCCGGGUUCCGGAUGCUCGUCGGCGACGCGACCUACCACGACCGCGAGGAAGCGCGGAAGUUCCGGCAGCUGACCUACAUCUGCAUGGAGAACCAGGGCACGCGCGCGCCGGAGUCCAUCAGCUUCCCGACGAAGCCGUGCCCCGGCGGCAUCAUGGCGAACCACCGGUUCCCGACGUGCUGGGACGGCAAGAACCUCGACUCGCCCAACCACCAGGACCACGUCGCGUACCCGGAGUCGGGCACCUUCGAGUCCGGCGGCCCCUGCCCGGCGACGCACCCCGUGCGGCUCCCGCAGAUCCUGCUCGAGACUAUGUGGGACACGCGCGCGUUCAACGGCGACGCGGCGGACUUCGCCGACGGCAAGCAGCCGUUCGUGUGGGCCACGGGCGACUCGACCGGCUACGCUAGCCACGCCGAUUAUACGUUCGGCUGGAAGGACGACAGUCUCCAGAAGGCGAUGGAUGGCCACACGUACGUCUCGGCGCCGAUGCUCAAGACGCAGACGAUCGCGCAGCAGAACCAGUGCAAGGUUCCCGAUAUGGUUGGCGAGGAUAUUGAUGGUUGGCUGCAAACCCUUCCGGGAGAGAACCCAGUUGUUUAAGGUGACGCGUGUGGGGAGGGAUGGUGAGAAUGCCUUCAAGGGAACCACAACGUUGUAGUAAGAGUGGCAGAUUAUUUUGUACCUACUAGGUACCUAGGUAUCCAAUCCAAUGCUCUACUUCAUAACAUGUGAAAUCCAUAAUACUAGAGUGCUAAUCCUGUCCCCUACCCUCUCCCUCAUAUACAUUUUAGCAACGAGAAACGUACGCUUGCAAUUCUCAAUCAAGCACUGUUUUGGUCAUAGUGUAGUCCUACCUACACAACCGUGAGAAGUGGAUGAAUAGGGGCCUUGAACGAUCUGUAUUAUUCAACAGGAGUGUAUUCGGGGUCACAAGUGCAGUGGACCGAUCCUAGCGCAGGAAUAGCACCCAGCGAAUUCAAUUUAGUUCCAUCAUUUCAGAGAAUCAUGAACUUCAGUAACGUGAAGAACUAGGAAACUUUGCUCGGUUUCUUUCUUUUGCCCCUUU